CAGCACACUUUGACUAGCCAAUAUUGGAUAUUUGUACUUUCAUUUUUGAUUUCAAUUACUGGAUUACAGUAUACAUUUCCAUCAGGGAGUGGAAUGCUGCUUUGGUGUAGUACCUUAUGCAGUUAUAUGGCCCUUGUUUGGAAUACACCUUCCACAGAGAAGCUUGUGAGCAACCUGUUAGAAACCUGACUCUGAGUCAUUGUAUCACCAGGCUGUGGCAGAACAGUACUGCAGGGUAUUUUUGACGUGAGACAAGGGACCCAUUGCCAUUUUCUUUGAAUCUUUUCAGUUGCUGACAUGGUUGGCAUGAAGCCCACAGACCGGGCACCCAGUGCCACCAUAAAGUUUUUUGGAGCUGGAACCGCAGCUUGUAUUGCUGACCUCAUCACCUUCCCUUUAGACACAGCUAAAGUCAGGCUGCAGAUCCAGGGUGAGGCUAAAGCUGCCACUGCUGAUGUCCAGAUGAUGAGGUACCGCGGCGUCUUUGGCACCAUUACCACUAUGGUGCGUACAGAGGGGCCCAGGAGUCUGUACAACGGCCUGGUGGCAGGGCUCCAGAGACAGAUGAGUUUUGCCUCAGUCCGCAUCGGGCUCUACGACUCCAUGAAGCAGUUCUAUACUCUGGGAUCAGACAAUGCCAGUAUUGUCAGUCGGCUGAUGGCAGGCUGCACAACAGGGGCAAUGGCUGUGGCGUUUGCUCAGCCAACGGAUGUGGUCAAAGUACGUUUCCAAGCCCAGGUGCGGCUUGCAGAUGGGGAGAGGAGGUACAAUGGCACCAUGGAUGCCUACAGAACCAUCGCCCGGGAUGAGGGAGUCAGGGGGCUCUGGAAAGGUUGCAUGCCUAACAUAAUGCGCAAUGCCAUUGUGAACUGUGCAGAGCUGGUCACGUAUGACAUCAUCAAGGAGCUCAUCCUGAAAUAUGACCUCAUGACAGAUAACCUGCCAUGUCACUUCACUGCUGCUUUUGGUGCUGGUUUCUGCACCACCAUUGUGGCAUCCCCGGUUGAUGUGGUGAAGACCCGCUUCAUGAACUCCACUGCCGGCCAGUACAGCAGUGCCGUAAACUGUGCUGUCACCAUGCUGACCAAGGAAGGCCCAACCGCCUUCUACAAAGGGUUCGUGCCCUCCUUCCUACGGCUUGGUUCCUGGAAUAUUGUGAUGUUUGUCUCGUACGAGCAGAUCAAGAGAGCCAUGACGAGAGCACAGCAGUCAUGGGAAUGCUCCUUCUGAGCUGCCUGUGCCCAGGUUUUCAUUGUUCAUUACCUUAAUGGUAGAAUCCUUGGGAACAUUGCAGGCGCAUGAAUAGGAAACUUUCUGUGUCAUUAAGGGACCAGAUAUGACAGACAAGGCACUCUGGCACAAGGUCAUGCCCUCUUCUUUUGUCAUGAUGCAGAGAGACUAUCCCUGUGACAUGUCUUAGUUUCGCUGCAACCUCCUCUGUCAAUCUGUCAGAAUGUACACUUGAACAAGCCCACUUUAAUAUUUUUUCACUGCCCCCUGCAACCGCCCAGUAUACCUAACAAAACUUGGAUCUGCACAAGAUUCUAUAUGAUAUGUUAAGGGGUGUUUACAAUUGCUAGUUCACUCUGACCUCUAUCUGUUUACAAGUGUUUUUUAGAUGAAUGUUUGGUUUAUCGCUGGUCGAUAAAACUAGGUUAUAAAAUUGUAUAUAUUGCACCAUUGCAUUUUUACAACUGUUAUAAUUUCAAAUAAAUUUAAAGAUAAAUGCUUCAUUUUCAAUCUUUUUUUUCCCAAAAAUCCAUUAACAUGCAUAAGCUUAGAGGUCACCAUUGACACCUCUUCCCUGGUGCACUAAGCUUCCUGUAUUCACAGUACAUGUCUAGUACCAGCAUGGAGCAGGGUGCCUCUAUGUCUGCUGAGAUGGCACACCACUACAAAUGAAAGAAAACACACUGAUUUGCUGCAGAGCAAGGACAAUAGAGAUGAUCCCAGCUAAAAUAAACAUUCUCACACUACUGAAACCAUGUUAUGGUGCCCUUAGAGGAACUUCCAUUUUGUGGAUUACCCCUGCUUGAAAAAGUAUAAGAAAAUAUUUGGGAUUUUGCUGACUAAAACAAUGCAGGAAUGGUUUUAGCUAUUUGAAAUUGUCCAAUUAAACACCACAGAUGGCUACACUGAAUGUGUGCAAAAUGUGGUACAGAGGUUGAGGUGCUGCAUUCCCAGGUGUAUAUAGAUAGGGACUUCAGUCCCAGAUGGGAUACUGCUGUUGAACUGCUGUGGGAUACUUCAGCAAUGCCUUGUAAUGAUCCCAGUUACAAAUGCUUCAAUAAAAAGUAGGUCUGU